GUUUGCGUCAUGCCAUUCCACAUUUGCCGCAACAGCCGUCGUCAGCUUUGCUUCGCUGGCUGGUGUGUGCUGUUUUCGUAAUCGCACACCUGCUGUCGCGCUCUCUCACUUCGCGCUCGCCACACGCGUAUCAUCAUCACACCACCACGCUCACCCCAACCAGCCAACCAACCAACACCAACACCAACCUGUGUCACAUCACACCCGUUGACUGUGCUCCAUUACUCAAGCAACACACAACAGCCCGCUUCCCGCAACAGAAGAAGCAGCGAUCUCGUUCAUCCGCUGCCCCCUUCCCUCUCCACACCUCCAUUUAUUGCCCUGCUCCGCAUCUCAACCAAACACCCAAUGUCUUCCGUGUUCGACGACGAGGAGAGCAACGACUGCGCGCUGCAGCCGUGUGAGAACUGCGAUUGCCUGCUCUCACGCCAACACCACCACAGCCACCCUCGUCCAGAGACAGGCCACGCCCUCGCCGCAAAGCUUGACAACGCGCUCCACCUCUCCGUCGCCCAGCGCAUCAACGGCGGCAGCAGCAGCAAUCCCACAGUCCCUGCUUCGCCCGCCAAGCGCUGUCACUCGUGCCCAUCAGGCAUCUGCUCUGGGUGUAAUCCUGUUUCCAGCGCCAACACAAACGCCGCCAUGCCGCCCGACACGUCUGCGCAUCUCCGCCAAUCUCUGACAAUGGCGGCGACCGCAGCAACGAAACCCGCCACCCCUGUCCCCCUCGCAGCCUACGUCCCGGCACCAUCUGACUCCGCUUCCUCUCCAGCUUCCACAGCUGCGUCGACCGCAGCUGCAUCAUCGUCGUCGUCGUCGUCGGCGAGGCCGCGGCGGCGAAGCUCCCGCAACACCAGCACGAGCAGUGCGCACGGCGACUCGUCCUAUUCGAUUGGCGUCGACGUUGGCGCCGUGUUUCGUGACCCAAUGUGCGACGCCUGCCCGGACUGCGAUGACGUGUGCGGCCUUCCCUCCUGCGAUGCAUGCACGCUAAAGGCGAAGCAUGUUGAGAAGCGCGCCUGCUCUCGCCGUGGCCGCGGCUGCCAGAAGAACGUCUUCACCAUGUGCCAAGUUCAGCGACACAACUCGGCCAGUGACUGCUGGCUGGUUGCGCAUCGCAAGGUGUAUGACGUGACGGCGUUUGUGCGCAACGACUUCCACCGCGCUGGCAUGCAAGCCAUCAUCCGCAAAGGCGGCACAGAUGUCACGCGCGACUUUGACUUUCACUCGUCCAAGUCGAAGAAGCAGCUCUGGUCAAAGUAUCUGAUUGGCGUCGUUGCAAAGUGCCCGUCUGAGGCGCCACAUGUGCCGAAGAAGGGUGGCAGUAAGGCAUCCACGCUCAAGAAACUCUUCCACCUUGCUUGGUGACACGACACGUACCACACACCCCUCCUCCUCCUCCUCCUCUCAUCGUGGUUACCACCACAUCGUGUGUCACCUCAAAUCACUUUCCGUGUAAUCAACCCUCGGCUUUCAUGUCAUUGUUUUUGCUUCGUUAAGACACCGUCUAUUCUAUGCCUGCUUGCUUUAUAUCCCCUCUUAUCUCCAUCUCUUUGCUUGUUGCCCCAGGUUACAGGCUGUUGUUGCUUCUCCUCUGCUAAUGCACUCGUUACCCUGUGCACUCUACAUUCUGCUUUGCUUCAAUACCUGAUGCUUGUUGCUUGGUGUUUUGACCCUUCCUUCUUCCUUCUCUCGUCCACGCCUGUGUGGCUUCAUGCUUCGCCGUGUAUUCCUUCAUGCAUUUUAGCUUCCCUCCUCUGCCCCGCUUACGCGGCAGCUUCUAGGUUCUCUUUCCUUCCCUUGCAUCCACCCCCCCCCCUUUUUGACGUGUUGCUCUGCUGUGCUCCUUGUGUGUGCAUUCUCCGAUGAUUGAUGGUCGUGGCUUCUCACCACUACCAUCCCAUCAACAACACCACCAACUCACUGCAAGCGUUGUUGGAGUUGUACGGCCGUGCUGUGCCCUGCCUUUGUCCAAACAAAGAGUUUUGCUGUCGUUGGGCUCGCUUUGUUGGCUGGUGUAAUCUACUCAGCUUCACGAUGAUGCUAGGAACGGCGCUGUGUUGUUGUGAUGCUGCACCUCCGACAAGCAGUACACACAGAAACAGUCAACUUAACCACGUA